CGGCUUUCGGUGGAUUAACACGUGGUGCUUCGGGUUAUAGAUUUGCAAAGUCCGCUCUCUCAGAUGACUCAUUUCUGCUAAAUUCAACGUCUACUGCAGCAGGAAGAAUCCACGCGGGAAGGAUUAUCCGAGGGAAGGCCAGAUCCAUUCUUCAUCAUCGUCUUCAUCCGUUUGAUCAUCACUGGUAGGCUGGCAGCUAAGAAGUGAGCUAAACACUCUAAUGGAGAAUUGCGUUUACAGAGACCCGAGAGCGCCUGUGGAGGCCCGGGUGAAGGACCUUCUCUCCCGCAUGACCCUCCAGGAGAAGUUAGGUCAAAUGACCCAAAUCGAACGCUCCGUCGCCACCCCUUCCGCCCUCACAGACCUCUCAAUCGGAAGUGUAUUAAGCCUGGGAGGGAGCUGGCCAUUUGAGAACGCCGUGUCGGAGGAUUGGGCGGAGAUGAUUGACGGGAUGCAGAGACGGGCGUUGGAAUCGAGGCUCGGCAUUCCGCUGCUGUACGGGGUUGAUGCCGUUCAUGGAAACAACAAUGUCUAUGGUGCCACCAUUUUCCCUCAUAAUAUUGGCCUCGGAGCUACCAGAGACCAGGAGUUGGUUCGGAACAUUGGGGUUGCCACAGCUCUUGAAGUCCGGGCCAGUGGCAGUCAGUAUACCUUUGCUCCUAGCGUAGCCGUGUGUAAAGAUCCCAGAUGGGGAAGAUGUUAUGAGAGUUUCAGUGAAGACACUGAUGUUGUUAGGAGGAUGUCAUCCAUCGUUACUGGAUUACAGGGACAACCACCAUCUGGGCACCCAUUUGGAUAUCCCUUUCUAGCAGGACGGGACAAUGUGAUCGCCUGUGCUAAGCAUUUCGUUGGAGAUGGGGGCACUCAUGAAGGUAUCAAUGAGGGGAAUACCAUAUCAUCAUAUGAGGAGUUGGAGAGUAUUCAUUUGGCUCCUUAUCUUGACUGUCUUUCUCAGGGAGUUUGCACUAUUAUGGCAUCCUACACCAGCUGGAAUGGGACCCAAAUGCACAGAAAUAAAUUUCUGCUUACAGAUGUGUUGAAGGGAAAGCUGGGGUUCAAGGGCUUCAUCAUAACUGAUUGUGCAGCACUCGACAGACUCUCUAAUCCUUUUGGAUCAAAUUAUCGGCAGUGUGUUCUAGCAGCCAUUAGUGCUGGAAUUGAUAUGGUGAUGGUACCCAUGCGUUAUGAACUGUAUCUUAAUGAUCUAAGUGGGCUGGUUGAAUCUGGGGAGAUACCAAUGUCAAGAAUUGAUGAUGCCGUUGAACGGAUUCUUAGGGUGAAGUUUGUAGCUGGACUUUUUGAGUACCCACUGAGCAAUAGGUUACUGUUGGAUAAAGUUGGUUGUAAACUGCACCGGGAACUUGCACGUGAAGCAGUUCGCAAGUCUGUGGUUCUUCUAAAGAAUGGGAAGGAUACUCUAAAACCAUUCCUUCCCUUGGACAAGAACGCCAAAUGCAUUCUUGUUGCCGGACAACAUGCAGAUGAUCUUGGGUUCCAGUGUGGAGGGUGGACUAAAACUUGGGAUGGGCGAAGUGGCAGAAUCACUAUUGGCACAACCAUUCUGGAUGCCAUAAAAGCGGCUGUUGGAGAGGAAACAGAGUUGGUAUAUGAGCAAAACCCAUCUCCAGCCACCUUUUCAAACCGAAGCUUCUCUUUUUCCAUAGUAAUCGUCGGGGAGCCUCCCUAUUGUGAAUCUGGCGGUGACAGCAAAGACCUAAUCAUUCCAUCAAACGGUUCAGAAUUGAUAAGCUUUGUGGCUGAGAGAGUUCCCACGUUGGCUAUUCUCAUCUCCGGGAGGCCAAUGUAUGUAGAAACUAGGGUUUGGGAGAGAGUAGAAGGGUUUAUAGCUGCUUGGCUGCCCGGCAGUGAAGGUGCGGGAGUGACCGAUGUCAUCUUUGGGGAUCACGAGUUCAAAGGACGUCUACCUAUGAGUUGGUUUAGAAGCGUUGAUCAACUGCCUAUGAAUCCCACCAACACAUCUUAUGAUCCUUUGUUCCCAAUUGGGUUCGGGUUGACUACUAAGAACCAUUUGGUGCUGUAGAAGUGCAGAGUGCGGAAGACAUAUAUCUCUGUUUGGGGGUCUGGUUGGGCUUCCUAAUGUAUGAAGUUAAGAAUUUAUGAACCUCUUUAAGCUUUAGCUUUCAUGGAGUAAGGUCCUGUUCAGUUGACCUUAUUUGAGACUCAAGUGACAUGUUCUUCCAUUCUGUGUAACAUUUACCCAUUUGGUAGCAUUUUGUAAUGCUUUGUUCCCUUUGUAAUUAAAUUACAAGAAACAUUCAAUUCAUGUCAUACCUAAAAGAUUCAUAGCUAGCGUUCUGUUUGUCCUAAUAUUACUAUCAAUUCAUUAGGAAUGUUCGAUUUACUCGUUUCAGUCCCAAAACAUAUCAAUGGACAAUGG